AACAACAACAAGAAAAGCGCUUCGAGUUUUAUUAGCUGCUCAAAACCAGCUAAAUUAGAUGACAGUUGAGCAUCGUGUGAGUUUUUAUUUUCUUUUGGUGUUAUAAUGUUUACAAACAGUCCGCGUGUCCGACACACAACUUCCUGCUGAUGUCGAGCGCUUUUUUUUCCUUUCGUCGAACGAAUAUGUUAUUUUAAACAUCUGCUUUUUGGUGUUUGGUUUCUUUUCACCGUCUGCUUUUUAACUUUGCAUGCGUGAUGCAAAUGUCAAACUGCGGACACUGAUAGAGACUGACGAGCAGCUGUCCCCGCCAUGCUGCGGCUGAACAGACUCGACAGCUCUCUGACAGAGUGACCAGAGACGACCUGUCAUCACUGACCGUCCCACUGAAUCUGAGCAAGUCGCAGGGUUUUUGUUUGUCCCUUCUUCACAUCGAAGAAGAGAAAUGGCCUCAAAUUCAACAGACUCUCUAAGAAAGUUGCUGGACAUGGAAAUUGAAGGUGCUGGAGUCUUCAAUGAGACCAAACUCUAUGACUAUGUUGAUGACUACCAGGCUGAAGACUUCCCAGUGGGAGCAGAGGAGAAAACCAUUCGGAUGGUGUGGUUGCCUGUUCUCUACUCUGUGGUGGUGAUUGUGGGUCUGUUGGCGAAUGUUCUCCUCUUGGCAGUUCUGUCGCAAAGGAGGAGGCGGUGGAGCAUACUGGACAGCGUUUUUCUCCAACUGGGAAUUGUGGACAUCCUGCUGCUGGUGACCCUGCCCGUCUGGGGCGCGCAGGCUAAUCAGCAUUGUGAAAAGUGCCCCGAGACGCUCUUCGCCGUAUUCAGAGCUGUUUUUARUGUCAACUUCUACAUCGGGAUCUUUCUGCUGGUUUGCAUCUGUUUAAUUUACUACCUGACUGCCACCCAGGGCGGGUGGUUUUCCCACCACAGGGCCAAGUUUGUGUUUUUCAGUUGCCUGUUGGCCUGGUUCGUCUCCUUGUUUCUCACCGGCCUCGACUGGAGGCUCCUGGAGCCUGACAAAGAAAUACUGCAAGGGAAAGCRAUUUGUGUUCACAAAUACCCCGAGUCUGGAGUCGACUGGCUGCUGGGAUUUCGUCUGCUCCACCUCGCAGUGGGAUUUUUGCUCCCUGUAGUGGUCUUUAUCGUUAUAGCUUCCCAGUUCUUGCURCAGCAGCACAGCUCCGGCACCAAGAAGAAGAAGAAGAGAACCCUUAUCACCAUCUCGGUUCUGAUGGGGAUUUUCUUGGUCUGCUGGACACCCUACAACAUCGUCCUCAUUGUAGACACCAUCUGCUACAGAUCCCAAAACUUCCUCAACAAAUCUCCUAUAAAACUCACAGAGUCUGUGAAAACUGCGGUCACGGUCGCCUCGGCUAUAGGUUCCGUUAACGCCUGCCUCAGGCCGGUGUUGUAUUUUUUUCUUUAUGGAACGUUCCGGAACAGAAUACUGAACCUCUUCAAAUGUGACACAGCUGAGCAUCAUGGGUCACCGUGGGAGGUGGGUGUGGACCCCAAAGCAUCACGUGAGCAGCCAGCUGCAGAGCAGAAAGAGAUGUUACAGGAUAUUCAGCAGCAGCAGUCCGACCUGCCAGCUCAAACGUGAUGAAUCGACACAAAUAUCCUGCUGCUGCUCAGGAGUUUGAACUGAAUGUUGCUCCUGCAAAAGGGGAGUUCAAUGAGCCCACGCCAUGGGUUUCAGGAAGUAGGGGGGCUUCUGUUCAACGAUGAAACAUGGUUGUAUUUCUGUUAAUAUAGAAGGGAAGGACUCAAUGUGAGUUUCACAUCACAGAUCUACAGUAUAUACUGUUUUAUGUUAAACUUCURAGCCUCUAAAUCAUGAAUCAAUACAGUUUUAUUUUAUUAUAACACAAUACCAUUACAAAUAAAACAUUAUUUUUGCUUUAUGUGUUGUAAUAAUGAGAAUUAUCAGUAUACAGUUUUUUUCUAACAUUUAUUUUUGAAAAUAGUCAUCUGAAUAUUCUAAGCUGUUUCUACCACUGUUUUUACUUUUAAAUACUUAAAUCAUGUAAAAAAUAGUUAAUAAACUAUCUGACAUUUAA